AACGCAGCAAUCCGAAACCUUAAAAUUCCUCCUCACUACCUGGAAAGACAGACUCACAACUUUGCCGACUUGAGUUCCGUCGAACUUAAAAUUUCCACGAUAUCAUUCAUUUUGUCCUGUGGAUUUUUUCCCCCCUCGUCGAUCACAACUUCAUGCGCUCCCGAAAGGCAAACAAGGUAAAUAACCACCCAUUCAUCUUCACAUUAUGCACUGUAGCUAAAUGCCUGUGAUUAUGUAAUUACUAACUUAAGAGCUGCACCCUAGGCUGUAUGGUUUUGCGGUUACACACACACACACACACACACACACACACACACACACACAUCAGAGCGUUGUAUAGAACCGCGUUUCCGUGCGUAAAGUUGAGUGGGUACGCAGGCACAUGUCAGGAAACCCCCAUGUUUUAAACCACAUGCUGGUUUCGCCCGGACACUAUUUUAACUCCUUCAUUGUUAGCGCUACUGUUUGAGGAAGUAACUCUUAAGAGAUGUUAUCGAAACAUCUCUCAGUUGUGUAGCCCAGCGACUGAGCUUCGGUGUCCCAACAGUGAAGGUACGGUUACUCUGAGUUUACUGGAAAUGCAUUGUUCUUAACAGUAGUGCAAUAUAAAAGAGGAUUAUUUUGAUGAUAGUGUUGGAAAUGUCAGGAGCUGUAAAGGAUAGAAGAGGUCCGGUGUUAAUGUGAGGAGUUUGGAGACUGUUUCCUGAACUAGGCUUAAAGUAGCAGCGUCCUUAAAGUGUAGACACAAACAUUCAGAGCAAAAGGCAAAUCAGAAGUGCUCAUUCCCUGAAACAAUAAAUUAAAGAAAUCUUCAGAGUCACUUGUAGAGUGGAGGGAAACUCGUUUAUUUCCUCCCCUGUCAAAGUGAAAGUGUCAUACAUUUACAUCACUCAUCCAAGAGGAACAGUGUUAAUCCCAAGUGUAACAAAACCUUUUCAUUGACUCAGUUUGAUGGAAGUCCUAAUUCAAGCUGUCUCAGUUGAGUUUGAUAUUUGAGAAAGCAGUAAGAGCUCUUUGACAAAAAGCAAAACGGUAGCACGACAGACUCCAUUUUUACAAGUCAAAUAAUGGGCCGUAUUUUAAGUAUGAUGUAGAGGCAACUUUUGACCUUUAAGAUCUUGGAGGCAACAGUUCAGACCAGUUUCAGUCAGUCUAACUUUAGCCGCUCUGAAAAGUGGGUCACUAGUGGGCCAAGUUGCUGACUGCAGAGCUGUAUGUAGCCUAUACUAACGCACAGAGGGGUUUGCAUGGAAGCUUUCCAGGUUCGCAGAGAUUCUGGAGAAGACUUCAGCAUCUGAAGGCUUCAAAUUUCCUCUCUUCUGCAGCUCUUGGCUGAAUGUUUUGCUGCCCAUAUGCGUAUGAGAACACCAGAAGAAGCUCUUUCUACUAGAAUCAGAGCAGUCAUGUUUUUGUUCGACUAGUUUAGCCUUGAUUUUUAUAAUGUUGACUUACUGAAAAUGUUCCCCUGCUCACCUCUCCUCUUGCUGGAGCAGCGUGGUCUUCAAGGAGAAUAAAUCCCCAUGAUGUAUUUUAAGUAUGAUCGACCAUUCGUUAAGUUUUUACCAUCAGAAAUAUCCCUCCGCACAAGUUCUUUUGCACUCUAAAACCACUCUCUUCUAUUUUGUCUUCAGCUGUUGAAUUUUUGGCAACCACUCACCGAACACAGAAAACAUGUGUUCCUAGUUUUUCCUAUUCUGUGCAGCAGUAAGAACAUAACAGUGCAAGAUGGCAGCCUCAGUGGAAGGGAAUCCACUCCGAUGUAGAUGUAGACGUUAACAAAAACAUUUUUAUAGUUUUAUACUUUAUGUUUAUACUUAUAAGUUUUAAAUUUCAUUUCCAUCAAGUAUGUCCAAAUGCUACUGAUGUCUAACCAUAGCAAUCACACUCAUCUUGAAAACCACACUCAUCUCUCUCAUCAUGAAGUCCUCCACGCCAGGAAAUAGGGUCACAGUGUCAUGACUUUAUUUAGCAGACAAUUUAGCGAUGUCAAUUUGAGAGUGAGUUCAGCUUAAGCAAGGAAAGGAUACAAGGGAAGGAUACAAGUGCAACAAACCACCUCAAGUCAGCAACAACCAAAACCAAUGUUGUCAUCAUCUCCCCCAAAGAACUACCAAUUGCAGAGUAGUUAACAAAGAGCUGAGUCUAAAAUGUUUUUAGAAGUUGGAAGGACUGCUGAAUUAAAGUGGUUGAGUAGAUCAUUUAAUGCCUGGGGGCAACACAGAAGAAGAUUCCAGUUUGAGUGCACAGUAUUUUCCAAAAGAGCUCCGAACAACGGAGUGAAGUGCUGUUGUGGGUUGGUUGGAGACCAUCACGUGCAGAAGUUUGAAUGUGCAUGCAGAGAGGCGUGCAGUGAGGAGUUGCAGUAGUUAGGCAGGACAAAUGUGCAUACCUCUUCACUGUUCUGCUCUGAAUAAUGACUUUCUCUCAUCGUACUUGGAUGAUCUGAUUCAUCUUGCUUUUAUUAAUCUCUCUUCUGGGUUUGAACUGUUGCAUAAUAUUUAUGUCAUCAUCAACCCCUAAGACUUGCCCGGGGUGAAUUUUUGGAUUUUUUCCUGCUGCGUUCUCAUAUCAGCUCACCCAACUUUGAAGUUUUAUGAGGGAGCUGGGUGGGGGGAAAUCAAGAUAAGGUCUUGGCAAUUUUUUUUAGCUGUUUGCAUUCUCAUACCUGCAAAUUUCAGCAGAUUAAGGAGUUUUGUCCAUUGAUGAAUCCAGCUCAUGUCUCAAGUCUGUGCUUUUGGAGAGGUCAAGUGAAGGUCGCCUCUUUCAGGAUUUAGCUUAUCUCUGAUUGUUGAUCGUCUUUUACUGCAGAUGUGAUCACUUGUUUUGGAUUAUUCUUAGUGCAUUUCUUUUUAUCAUGGUUCUUUUUUUGUCCAUGGAAGUGGUGCUGCCUGUGGUUUUUUUCUGUUCCCCCUUUUUUGGCACUGCCUCAGUCUCUAUGCUUGCCAAGUUCACGAUGACCUGAUGAGCUCAGCUUUAACCUGCCACUGUCACGGUUACCGUCAAACAGCAACACAUCACUUCGUUUACACACAAGGACUAAGAGAUUAUAUCUUGGUGGCAGAAUAUGUACACAAUGAGUCACUGAAAUGGGAACAGAUGGAAACUGUCCAGAAGUAGCACUAAACGCUUGUCUGAUGCAUGCUGUUCCUCCUCUUCCUCCUGAGUGGCCGCAGUCAGACAUACAGAAGGUCCAUAUAGCAGAAUUAAACCUUGGAGCAGCACACCUUGUACUUGCUUUUCAUUUCUUUGACAUACUGCACAGAUAAAUGUUGGAAAUGGACAAAAAGCCCAGAACUGCUUGUGAAAGCUGCUCGUGUGGCUUUCAUAGCUUUUUCAAGAGUGGGAAAGAACUGCUAGUAGUGUCAAAAAAGAACACGUGUCCUUAAACCAACUUGCUUUGGGGCUCCUCAACUCGCUGCCAUAUAAAUACAGUUAUUUGUGGUACUGAAAACCUCUUCCAGUUUUCCUAAAUGUCUAAUCGUGUCAUAUUCACAGUCCACUUUCAUUGGUUAUCUGAAUCACACCCCCUUUUCCUCAUCAUCCUCUCCCUCCCAUCAAAGAGCAGUGCCUCUGCACUCUUCUCAUCUUGUUAGCACUGUGUUGGUGAAUCCCUUUGGAAUAGAUGCUUGAGCAUUUGCACAAUUUAAAAGGCUUUUUUUUUAUUUGUUAUUUUGACCCCUUUCCUUAAUGUGCAAAUAACAAUGUCAGCACAGUAGAAUGCCAAAAUGCAUGCAGAAGUUAGACCUCCCUUAGACCAUGUUCGCUGUUUUUGUAGAUAAACUAGGUCGCUUUGACUUUUCACAUCCAUGCAGCUGCAUCUCUGUGAUUAUGUAAGCCCUUAAUGACUUCCAGAGUUCAUACUAUAUAAAUCCAUUUGUCAGAGUUGUCACAGUCAGCCAACAGUCUGCUAUAUUUUGACCGUGCUUGUGUGUGCAUGUGAGUGCGCUGCUUGGAAUAGCCUCGCCAUGUGAUUCCUUCAGAUUCUAUUUCAGAACUGCAGCCGUAAAACACACCACGCUCUUCACAGCAGUUUGAAGAAUAGUUAAGAAACACAUCUCUUAAUCCCUCAAUCUGUCAUCUUUGUCACACUUUUCCGCUCAGCACGACAGGCGCCUGUGGGCGACAUCAAGUAAGUAUUUUCGAGUAAUUUCUGUCUCUGCAAUGUGACAACAGGUUACGGCCACUUUGACAUUGAUCUACAGCGUUGACAUUGUAUGCAGCAAUUUCAACAGUGUGUGUUGCGCCAUGCUUCCUGAUUGAAAGUGUUUUAAAAUGUUUCAAAAGUAGCUGUCAGCUUCCUCAAACUCAUCCUUAUUUAAUCUGAUGAGCUGUUCUGUGAGAUGAUACCUCUCAUCAGUUGUUGCCUAAACCCCUGUGCUCAGGUCAGACCAGGGUCAUGUGGUUCACAGCAGCUUUUUUCUUUUGUUUUGGUGUGCAUGUGUGUGUGCAUGAGCUUGUUCCUGUAAGCACUUCAUCGUUUCUCAAGAAUAAUUUGAAUAUUAUUUUGCAAGUAAUUUAUCAGUUGUAAAGUAAUGUAGCAUUGCAGGUGAGUGAUUACAAUAAUCAGCUUCUUAUUCAUUCGACUGUAAUAAUACUUAAGCAUGGGUUUAACAGUCUUACUUCGCCAGGAAUUUCAUGAAUUAUAUGAUCAACAAGUUUUGUCGUUACUGUUUUUAUUCAACAAAUAUUAUGAUGAAUGUUAUUAAAAAUUACUUUUACUUUUUUUAAUAUACCCACCUUAUUCCUGAGGACACGACUGGAUUUACGAUUAUGGGUGAAACUUUUGGUGAUAUAACAGAAAUAUAAUUAAGUUGAUUCGUUGUAGCAGUUAAUCUUAGUGAAUGAGCAUAGAUAGCAGUUGUUUCAAAUCUUAAAUAUCUCAUAUUACCUUGUUUUUAACAUAUGCUAGUUUUUUCUUCAGUGUUACAUAUUUCGAAAUGUCUUUACAUAGUUCUGGUACAUGUUUUUCUUACUGCGGUUGUACUGACAACCUCCAAAGACUGUGUUUGUCUGUUCAUUUCAUUUCAUCUAACGGCUGAAAACCCACACACUAAUCAGACUUAAUGGACAAAACAAUGAUAAUGCCGCGCAGAGUGCUGUACACACACACACACACACACACACACACACACACAUCCCAAUCCAUAUAUGUAGCUAAACAAGAGCUGUCAAAAAAGAAAUUAUAAUGAAUGAUAGUAAUAAAAUUAAUGAAAAUUAAUAAAUAAAAGAACUGAGCAAACUGAGGGAACACUAUCACUAGGGCUAAAUGACGAAACACCUAAUAAAUAUACCUAUAGUAGAAAAUUACCCAUCAUAAAAAAUAUCACUCACUAUGAUUAAAAAUGUAAUCAUUUAAUAAUUUUGUUAACUAAAAAGUGGGAAAAUCCACCAAAAUACUGACACACCUCUCACAGUAUUGCAGCUGCACGGCUGCAGGAUCGCCCUGGUCCUUCAGUACAUGAGCAGCUGUGUGCACUUCACCUGGAGCUGACACUCAAACUCAGACACGGUGAUGUGGGACAUUAAGGCUCUGACUCAGCUCUACAUUUGCUUUUAAGAACAUGAGAUCCAGUCCAACCACUUUAACAAAUAAGCUUCCCUAGCGAAGAAGCUAAAUAUGAUAGUGUGCGUUAUUUCUACACAUCCUCCUCCCAUUCUUCAAUGGAGGAGGGCAGCAGAAUGAUAAUGAAGUGCACAAUUACACCUCUUGGGACUAGUAAAGGGGCAUCUUAUCCUAUUUUACAUGUACAAUUGAGGUUAUCAAUCAAAUUUUAUUUAUAUAGCCCAAAUCACAACAGUCGUUAUCCCAAGACUUUUUCCAAAAAAAAGAGCAGGUCUAGACCACGCUCAUUGUUUGAUGGAUUACCAAGACCCAACUUUAAGAUGGAACAAGUUUGAACCAUCUCAUCUAACACGAGUCACAGUGGCAAGGAAAAACCUUUUUCUAACAGGCAGAAACCGUGGGAAGGACCAGACUCAGAAUGAGAGAGGUGAUGUCCUCCGAAUGUUGUUUGUGCUGGUAAAGAACCAUAGACUGUGAAAAAACGGAAGUAGAGUUACAGACAUCACCUAAAGGUUUCUGGAUUAGUGUUUGAUGUCUGUCGGUGGUUGCCAUGUCUUCAACUUUAACAUCAAGAGGCAAAGAAGUGGAGUUGAGGUGGCCUUAAGCCUCCUUAUUAACACCCAAACUGUGCCCACCUGUCAGUCCGUCUUGGUCGAACCCAAAGCAGCGACAGACACAUUGUGUAGUUUGCUCACAAUGAAGUCAUUUCAGUGUGCAACAGUUCAUUCAUGCUCCAGCAACAGACACGCACCUGAAUAGUUACCUGGCUGUGCAUGAAUAUCCCUGUUUAAGGCCUGUAAACAUGUUGAAUUUUACCACAAAGAUGUGCAGAAACUGCGUUUUUUAGCACUUUCUAAAUGUCCUCAUUUCUCAAGACCAGAGGCGUAUUGUCACACCGUUGGCUGCAGAUGGUGUGCAGCAGUUUAACAAUAGCAUACAAACAGAGAGCCUGCACUUGUGUAAUUCUUUCCACACCAUAUCUGAAGAACAUUCAGCGAGCUUUACAGUUGACACGCAACACCAGUCAUGAUAAAUGAUUGCGUGCAAACAAUAGUGACCUCUAGAACAUUACAGUAUAUGGCAGCUACAAGCAGGAGGGGCUUUAUUUAAUGUCCUCUGGUGGUGUUAUUGCAUUUUCAUGACGCUGGAUCUCUGGGUGACCGACCUGUAGUAAAUCUGUAAAGGAAACUUCUCCCUGCAAGUAUGUUCUUUGUUUGUCUACAAGCACUGUCUCUAGAUGCUGGCAUUGACACAAGAGGGGUCGGAAACUUGUGUCUGAGCCUGAAUGUUUUCUUGAAGGAAAAGAGAGGCUACAAGGUUGUCACCUCAGCUUACCCUCUAGUGGAAGUUUCCAUUAGGUGUGACAUGACUGUGUUGCUGUCCGCAUGACCCCUCUGGGUAUAUCUUCUCAUGUCAGUGGGUUCUGAAGAGAUGCCACUGUGGAAAUGGGUCACAGUGUGAACGCUCUUGCAUGUCAUUUGAUCGGUUUAAACGGCAUCGCAAAAACAACUGGACUUCUUUCAGACAGGCAGAUUGACAUUUUCUGUACCCCCUCUUCUCUUUGAACCCCUGUUUUAUUUCCUCAUCAAGAUUUUUCCUCUUUCAAAUAUCAAGUAUGUCCUCUAAGUAUGUGAGCUCAGCACUGGAGAAUGUGCACGAGAUGCUGGACAUACUACUGACCCAGAGACUCUUCUCAGCAAUAACAAGAAGUCUUACUGCUGUGUUUGGCCUCUGAAGGGUACGGACCACUUCUAACUUCUUUUCCCCCUGUCUUUGUUUCUGGUUGUUUUUUUUUCCCUUUGCUAAAUCUGUUUACUCUCAGCAUAGAAGAAAGUGGUUGGUUUUCUUGUUUGUGUGGUAUGACCGUCAGCAGAGGUAAGUGUUAACACUGGAAGAUUUAGUUUCCUCCGCCGCGUGUGGUGGGAGUAUCCUCAACAAAGUGACGAGUCUCCACGGCAUGCUUCAAGAGUGUGUUUCUGCGUCGUGAGUUAUGAUUCGCUUUGUUGGUGUUGAACAAUCUGUUCAAGGGCCCUGCCUCCUCUCCUGUGAGCUGUUGUGUUAUGUAACAUAUGUCUGUGACAUGAAUAAGAUGGAUUAUCCCUACAGGCCCUCAGUUUUUUGGCUAACAGUAACACAUUGUGGAGUUCAUUUGAGUUAUGCAACACCCAGAGAAACUGCUCUACUUACCAAAAGUUUGGGGGGACAAGUGAACCCCCUAAGCAGAGUGUGCAGCACUUAAGUGUUCAGUGUUUAUUCAAGUCGUUUCCGCUGCAGCCUUGCAGACUUCUACAUGAACACAAGUAGCUGUUUUAAGAAGUAACCAGGCAUGGUACAGGCUAUUAGGAUGUAUUUUCAGCUUGUUCAAGAUUGAACCAGAUCAGUUUGUUUGUUUUUCUUCCUCAAAAAAAAAUCUAUAAUGUGGAUGUAAACACCUGAUUGAUACAUAUGAAAGAGGAUUAGGGCCAGAAGAGAAAAAAAAUGAUAACAGGAUGGAGAUUUUUUUAAUUUCCAUUUCAACAUUAGAGUGGAAAUUUUGAGAUUAAAGUCAAAAACUAAAAAAGUUGGAAAUGAAAAAAAUCACAUUUUGCAGGGACGUGGCAACCUCCUCUAAAUUUGUCUGUUUUUUUCUUCUGUAGAGAUGUUAUCUUCGGCACAGUCUUCUAAAGUCCGAAUACUUAUGACCACACUGUGUUUGUAUGCUGAAAGAGCAAGGAUUUCCCUGUUACUAAAUCCAAUUCUAUAGUACAGCUUUGUUGUCAAAUGACGAGUGACAAUGCUGUCGAUUCAUUAUCAUUAAUCCCAACAUUACGAAUUUAUUCAUGAAAUUUUGUCUUUAUUUGCAAUGACUUGAAUGUCGUAAUUUCGAUUAAUUCUCAAAAUUUUGACUUUAUUCUCCUUUCUGUAAUAUUUUUUUUUCUCUUCAUGUGGCCCUAAUCCUCUUUCGUAGCUAUAGGAUACUGACAAGGAUUUUAGAAAUAACUAUUUCACUUGUGGCGGAUAGGGCUGAUGUUACAGCCUUUUUGCAAAAUGAAUGAUUUUUUAACUGAUUUUGCAACAAUAUUAUGAUGUAAAAGUACUUAAAAGACUGCUUUCAUUAAAAACACCAUUUUUAAAUGCUACUAUAAUGAGUUUUUAAGAAGUUAUCAAACAGAUUCAUCCAGUAAUGAUGCUUUAAUAUGACCCCACAAAAGCAAACCAGGUCAUAAACAGUAUAAGAUGAGUGAUUAUUUCUUUUAAUGCUUGUCCCCUCUGCCGCUGGAGGAUGUCAGACAGAGCGAUUUAACAUACAUGUAGCCAAAAGUGGCUUUAGCCAUAAUUUUCACAAGAAAUUUAGAAAUGUAUGAUAUCUGUCAUUCAAAAAACUUUCACAAAAUGUCAUCCAGCUCUUUUGUUGACCAAUGUCUGAUCAUAGCAGAGUGUGCAUGCUGUGAAAUGGGAGUGUGCUCUGUUGAUCGAUGAAAAGGAUAAAAGAUUUUUAAAUGACAUUGAUUUUUGUAAUCCAUAGUCUGUGAAUAAAGCUUUAUAUUCCUGCAUUACAGUCACCAUAAACAGUGAUCUGAUUAUGUGUAUCAUCGUUACAGCAGUUUGAUCUUGAAUGCUUUGUUCGUCUUGUUUUGUACGAACAGGAAGAAUAAUUGAAUAACCAGAGGAGUUCCUAAAUAAAUAAAGCAGUAGCAGCUUCACAUCAGUCAAUGUUACUGACUAGUUAUUAUAUCAAGGAUGGAGCUGAUUUGACUUUGACCCGGAAACAAAUGUUUAAAAAUCUCCACUAACUGUAAAUCACCGAAGUCAACUCUGAGCAUGAGGAACUUAGAGUCACCGUCCCUUAUUUUGUCUCUCCCAUCAGGGCGUCUGUGACCUCUCCCCCUCUUCCCUGUGACCUCAGAACCCCAGACGUUCCUCUCCCCCUACCCUCCCCAAGGCCAGAGUGACAUCCAUGGCUCUACAGAAGCUUCUGGGAUUUGGUAAGCAGUUGUUGCGGGUGAAGGUGGUGAACUGUAACACAGAAGACUCGCGUCUGUCGCGAUGCCUGAACACGUUCGACCUUGUGGCCCUGGGCGUGGGCAGCACACUGGGUGCUGGCGUCUAUGUGCUGGCUGGAGCGGUCGCCCGAGAGAAUUCAGGUAAGUUAAUGUCAUUGUACAGUAAUAAAGAUGUACUAUGACAAGGCUUUAAAGGCAUUUAUAUGAUACUGUUGUCCCCUUUAGGUCCAGCUAUUGUGCUGUCUUUCCUGAUAGCAGCCUUAGCCUCAGUCUUAGCCGGUCUGUGUUAUGCUGAGUUCGGUGCCCGAGUCCCUAAAACUGGCUCAGCUUAUCUAUACUCCUAUGUGACGGUAGGGGAGCUCUGGGCCUUCAUCACUGGAUGGAACCUCAUCCUCUCCUAUAUCAUUGGUAAACAUGAUGCACAUCUAGAGAUCCAACAGCGUGGUAAGAAAAAAAAGUUUGGAAGAAAAAACUGAUCUUGUUUUUCCUGACCUCAGGUACCUCCAGCGUCGCACGAGCAUGGAGCGCUACCUUUGACGAGUUGGUGGGGAAGCGCAUCGAGAUGUUUUGCAGAGAGUACAUGCCUAUGAAAGCACCGGGUGUCUUAGCAGAGUACCCUGACAUGUUUGCUGUUGUAAUCAUAAUCACUCUCACUGGUAGGAAAACAACUUCUCUUUCUCUUUCUCUUUCUGGUGUCAUCAUCUUUUCUGCUUCCUUGCUGACAAACAAGUUUUUGAUUUUCAGUCUUUGCUGCGUCUUCUCUGUUUUCAAGGUCUGCUGGCAUUUGGAGUCAAAGAGUCUGCGAUGGUGAAUAAGGUGUUUACGUGUAUCAACAUCCUUGUCUUGUUGUUUAUGGUGGUCUCUGGCCUGGUCAAAGGGACUUUGAAGAACUGGCAGCUUGACCCUGAGGAGAUCCUACAUGCCAAUGAUACCUCGAACUCCAGUCUAAAGUAAGACCAUGAACAUAAACAAGUCCACUAUUUUGAAAUGAAAGUGUUUCAAGUGUUAUUAUUUUUCAUUUUGUUGUUGUUUGUAUCUUUGAAAUGAUAUAAAACUGAAUCGCUGUUUUAUUACUUUUCAGUCUAACAAACAUCCUACCGACUAAAGAGCGUCUAGGUGUGGGCGGCUUCAUGCCGUUUGGUUUCACAGGCGUCCUAUCUGGAGCUGCUACCUGCUUCUACGCCUUCGUCGGAUUUGACUGCAUCGCCACCACAGGUCAGUUAUGUCGAAACCAGGAAGCCCCCACUCUGUUUUACACUUGCUCCACUUCUUGUAUCCAGCCUACUGCCUCCUGGAUAUGUUUAAGUUAAGAGGAGGGGGUUGUAACUGAAUCUGCAGCUGGGACCAUUUCGACUCCUAGCUUGUCUAAACUUCCAGGAGUGUUACAUAAAAGGGGCAGGGCAGGGCAUUUGGCCUAAUUUUCCUUCGGCAGAAUGCCAAGUGCUGUUGUGAGGUUUGGGGUACAAAUCAUGAAGUGAACUCUAGUUGUUCCCCAAGUUUCUCUUGACCGUAUAAAUCUGCACCUGUGAAUGGGUGAGUCUCCACAUGCAUAAAAUUCUGUGUAAUCAAUUCAAGACUUUGAGGCUGUAAUAUAAGGCAAGUUUCUUCAGCUAGCCUGCUCUCUGGCCCCCCUUGCUUUUCCCACCCUCUUUUUCCUGAAAUCUAAUUGGCUAGUGGGAGGUUAACCCUAAAGGAUUGCUUGAGUUUAACUUGUUGGGGCGCGUCUGUCACACAAACUCUCAGCCUACCCAGAAGCCACUAUAUCAUCCGUCUCUAUGUGAGUGAGUGUUCUGGUCAAACCAGAGUUAUACUGGCAUGGAGCCAUACUCCCUUCCCCCCUCUACACACACGAACAUACACACAGAGACACAGACACACAUGCAUCCAGACAACUGAUACCACUGUUAUGCCUAUGACCCCAGACCCCAACAAUAUAGGCCAAUCAGUGGCUGUCGCCUGUCAUGACUAGCGGUCUAAGAGAAGAUCCAGACGGUGUUAAACACACUCAGUCAUCGCUAUGUGAUUUCACUGCAGAACAAGACGCGAGUGUUGCCUGAGGAGCUGUGUUGCGUAAUCAUUUACGGCUGAAUGGUUGGGUUUUUUUAGGUCUUGUGGGUGCACAGGGAAAAUAAGCUCCUUGUUUGAUUUGUUGCAUUCCACAUCAGAAGUUGCUCAAAUACAUCAGGCUGCCUGGUUUUUUUAACUCCCAGUGGGAUUCUGCCAAUGUGACCAUGAAAGAGUCCUGAAUUUCACAAACCCUCAAAUGUGAACAGAAAGUGACCUAAAAAGAAAUGUUGAAAAUUGUAAGAUUUUAAACUGAUAUUUGAAGAAGGUCAAUUUAGGGACAGUAAAGCAUAUCAUUUUACCUUUGCACUGCUCAGUUCAACAAAAGUUUUUUUUGUUUUUAUUAUCUUCUUAAUUUACUUAUCUUGCGGAUUAUAUUUAAAAUUAAUCAGAUAAUCAGAUAAAACUUUAGAGUUCUGAAAAACGCUGAUCAAAAUCUCCCAGAGACCCAAAUGACCCAAAAUUGCUUCUAUAGUCAAACCUAAACUUUUAAACCAAAUUUGUUCAUUUAAUAGAUGAGAUAAAGUCAAACAUGUGUUUAUGUAGUCCAAGCUACAUGUGGUUUGGUUACUCAAUUAUCCUCGUUAAAAUAGUAUGUACUUGUGACACUAAACCCUGUAAAUGAUCUGGCUGCAGGUGAUUAUGUUAAUACCUGGAAGGGAUAUUUGUGUCUUGAAACCAUAGACUUGCCUACCUUUUGAAAAUCAAAUUGCUGAAGUGAUUAAUAAUUAUUCUUGGCCUGCGACGCCUCUAACCAUCUUUGGUCACUGUCUAUGCCCUAGGUGAGGAGGUGAAGAACCCCCAGAGAGCCAUCCCCAUUGGCAUUGUGUCGUCCUUGCUCAUCUGCUUUGUUGCGUAUUUUGGUGUCUCUGCUGCCCUCACCCUCAUGAUGCCAUACUACCUGCUGGACAGCAACAGCCCUCUGCCUGUCGCCUUCAACUACGUCGGCUGGGGAGGAGCUAAAUAUGCUGUAGCUGUGGGCUCUCUGUGUGCUCUGUCCACAAGGUAAGGACACCUGCAAUGUUCUACUUUUGGAUUAAAAUACAUUCAUGUGUAUUUAAUGGCACACACACUUGGAGACAGUACCAUGUGUGUUUGUGCACGCCUGUGUGUGUGUGCGUGACUAAGCUCGUGUAUAUUUAACUCCAGGGGGCAUUCGAGCCCUGAACUAAAAAUAAGAGUAGUACUAAGAAUAUAUGCCACCAUCAGUGUAACUAUGGGAUUAUGUCGCUGUUACCAUGUCACCGAAGUCCACCACAAGCUGCAUUUUUGACUAGAAAAUUCACACAUAAAACUAACUGAUGCUUAUCAAUGAAAUAUCCUCUUAUUUAAAUAAAGAGUAUAUUAUAUUAAGAUGUCAGUGGGGUCAGGAGUUCAGGAGUGAGACAUGACUUGGACUAGAGCACUGAUGAUUCAGAUUUUGACUCCAGCAUUGACUACAAAGAUGAAAAGGAGGAAAAGGAGCAGUUUUUUAAAAUAUUUUGUUGACGACCGCUUGAACUUUCUUCAAUUCAAAGCUUUUAUUUAUUUAUUGUCUGCAAUUUUGAUCCUUUCCUGUGUUUGAAUUUAAAACCAUGAGAUCAUAUCCUAAAGCUCCACACAGUCAGUUCAGGUUCUCAUACUGAGUGGUUUGAAAUGAAUUCAGCGCUCAUUCUUACAAAUCCUCAGGUAGUAGAAAUUCCACCCUGACUUGAACACCUUGGACUCAAGACUUGACUGGACUCAAAGUUUGCUGACAAUGAAUGUUAACAUUAAUAUCAAGCAUCGCCACGUAUUAAAGGGAUAUUCCAGCGUAAAAUUAAUUUAGGGUCAAACACACUGUAACACCGAGUUAGACACCCCCUGGGGAGAUGAAUGUUGCCGACCGCUUGCUUCUCUAGUUAUACCAAUUUAGGUAACGACUUUUGCACAAUAUGGCAUUUUGUGAAUGUGUUUUAUGUCCUCUGUAUGAUGUUCUUUGUAUUUGUGCUUGAACUCUGUUAACACAUGUUUCACGGCAUUCUGGUGGGUGUAAGCGUAGAUACUUUAUAUGCUGGUCUCCCCCCUCGGUAGCCUGCUGGGUGCUAUGUUCUCUAUGCCCCGUGUGAUCUGGGCUAUGGCCGAGGACGGGCUGCUUUUCAAGUUUAUGGCCGCCAUCAGCCCCCGCACCAAAACCCCAAUAACUGCAACCCUCACCUCUGGCAUAGGGGCAGGUGAGACACUAACACGCAUGUUUCAAAACAGCCUCCAUGUUUAGUGAAGCCUCUGUUCAUGCUGCUGGGCUGAGCUGCGCCAGGUUGCCUAUGAAAGCACUUUAGGUUGUAUUUGUAUUUUAAACAUGUUCUAAGAAACUUCGCCAGAAAUCAGCACUGCAGCAUGACAGGAGUAGCGCUCACCAUCUUUAAUACCUUUUGCUCCUUUUAUGUUGUCGGCAAAGAGAGUUCAUGUUAACAAUGACUAUUCUUCUAACCUGAAAGUGGCUCUGCUAUGGUUUCUAAUGAACUUAAGAGUUUCUGUACCUGCAUCUUGGUGGUGUUAUGAGGAAUACAAAACUAAACUGCAUGUUGAAGCAACAGGAAGAUUUUAAUUAGGAAGGGAGAGAACAGCAUGCAGAGCACCAUAUAUUUGCUUUUUUAGAAGGAAAAACUCCCUAAACCACGUCCUUUAACCCACAUCCUAACCUCCUAUUCUGUCAUCUGUUUUAGUCUCCAGUUGUUAAUAUUUCCUUUUUCCUCUCCCCUACUGACUUCUUUUAAUUCUUUCCUUCCUCUUUGUCUCCUACCCUACCCCACAACCUUUAUCCCAAUGUGAUUUUUUUCCUCCCCAUGCCCUCCCAAGUCUGUUGGGUUCCAUGUUUCCCCUUCCUCGUAUCAUCUUUGCCAUGGCUCGGGAUGGCCUCCUCUUCUCCUUCCUGUCCCGAGUCAGCGAGAGGAAAUCCCCCAUAACGUCCACUGUGACCGCCGGGGUUCUGUCUGGUAAGAAGAAUAGGGGAUGAAAAAUGAGGAGGGAUGGAGAUAAAAGAAGUCUUUUCUUUCAAAGAGAGGGGCACAGACAGGCAGAUCAAUGGGACAGAGCUCUGACUGAGAAGUUUUUUUAAGCUGACUUGUAGAAAACGAAGAACAUGUGAAAGUUUGCUAACAUGUGCCAGUUACAUGAUUAGUCUUGAUCAGUAGGCUAGACACUAAAAAUGACACAAACUUUAACAGAGAACUAAAAGGGCUGAAUUUUAGGGGCUCUAAAUUUGUGUUUUUACAUCUCAAUCUUUCCUGUGGCUCUUUAUUACAAAAGAGGAUUAGGGCCACAUGAAAAGAAAAAACAAUAAUUACAGGAUCGAGAUUUAAGCGGAUGGCUAUGACAAAUUUAAACCAUAGCCUACGGCAUUUCAUUUCGACUUUUUAAAAUUUCUACUUAAAUCUCAAAAUCUUGAAAUAACCAUCCAUGUGCCAGAGCGCAUUGCGUCCUCAGCUUCGGUAAUGCCUGCACCUUACUCUCGAAAUUUCACUUUAAUUUACGAAAUUCCAACUUUAUUCAUGCCGACUUUAAUCUCGAAAUUUCAAUUUUAAUCGCGAAAUUUCACCUUUAAUCUCGUUCCUGUAAUUUUUUUUGUCUCUUCAUGUCGCCCUAAUCCUCUUUCGUACUUUAUCGUGUUUUUUUUUCUACCCUUGAAAAAAAAAUUAUUAAACAGGGUUUAGGACAAACAAUCUUGAUUUAGGCCAGUGGUUCGCAACCCAGUCCUCGAGCCCCUCCUGUCCUACAACACACCUGAUUCAAAUAAUCAUCUCGUUAUCAAGCUCUGUAAUGGCUUAAUAACGAGCUGAUCAUUUGAAUCAGGUGUGUUGGAACAAGGAAACAUUCAAAACAUGCAGGACAGUGGGGGCUGGAGGACUGGAUUGAGAACCACUGAUUUAGGCUAAGCACUGCUAAAUGAACAUCCGUCUUUUCUACCUGUUACCAACGUUUCUGUGAACUGUUAGCAUAAGUCUGCUAGCAGCUGUUUGAGGCAGCAGCAAUAUGGAUGCUAAAUGCUCCAGAAAAAACUUCAAUUGAGUUUUUAAUGACAGUCUUAAAUUGCUGAUGUUAAGCAGAUAUAAUGUUUAAGAUUCUAAAAAUAUUACUUAAGUGAGAUUUUAAAAGAGGAAGAAAACUGGUUUGACAUUGGUCCAACACAUGGACAUCAGAGGACCAUCUUCAAAACACAUUAUGUUGUUUCUUUAUAGUUUUUAUUGCAACAAAGGUUCUAGUGGUUAAUCAAAUUUUCAUCCAUCCUUCUCCUAUUUUUUCUGUUUUUCUUUGUGAAGCUAUCAUGGCAUUUCUGUUCGAGCUGAAGGACCUUGUGGACCUGAUGUCAAUAGGGACGCUGUUAGCCUACACUCUGGUGGCUGCAUGUGUCCUUGUACUCAGGUCAGUGAGGGGACACGGAGUUUAACAAGUUUUUAAAGUUCAUUUUUAUACAUGAACUUGAAAUCUCAAUGACCUGCUCUCAGAGUAAUUUUGAAAUGUUGAAGUUGGUUCAGCUCGAGGCUGAAACUCAAUUUCAGCACCUGCCUUCUGCUGUAAAUCUCUUUUUGGCAAAUACUCGGACUCAAAGCAGCUGAGCCUAGUUUCAAUGUCUGGCCAAGAUGUUAAUAAUAGCAUCCAAAAUGCACUUGUUUAAGAAUAUAUUCUCUUUAUCUCUGCGUUACCAUUAAAUUAUUUUGAGUUGUAAUUUAAUUUCAUGUCCGGUAUAGAUACCAGCCUGAGCAGCCCAGUCAGAUGUAUGAGAUGGCGUGUACCCAGGAGGAGGGAGAGAUGAGCGAUGGCAUCAGUGUCCCCAGUAUGGGCAUCCUGCCUGGUGUGGAGGAAAGAUUCAGCUUCAAGACCCUCCUGUUCCCCGACAACAAUGAGCCAUCAACACUGUCAGGCUCCAAUGUCAACAUCUGUGCCUCUUUGAUGGGUAAGUGCUGAAAUAUCGUAACACUGCUUUGGUAAAGAAAACCCAUGCACUUGUACAAUAAUGUCUUCCUGAAUGUACCUCUGCAGGAGUGUUGAUCCUUGCAUUCAGUGUACUGGCGGUGCAGGGGGGCGCUGCUCCCUGGAAUAUAGUCGCCCUGAGUGUCAUUUUCAUGGUCUGUAUGCUCCUCACCUUCAUCAUCUGGAAGCAGCCAGAGAGCAAGACGAAACUUUCCUUUAAGGUCAGAUUCCUGAAACACACUUUGCAUCAAAUCAACAGCUUGAACCCUGGUCAACUCUUCUUAUUUCUAUGAUUUUGGCUCCCUUAGGUUCCAUUACUACCCUUCAUUCCUGUAAUCAGCAUGUUUGUUAAUGUCUACCUGAUGAUGCAGCUAGACCGAGGCACUUGGAUACGUUUUUCCAUCUGGAUGGCUAUAGGUUGGUACAUUUCGUUUCUGUCAUACUUGAUUUUUUUUAAGGUUUAUUCUAUUUGGAGGUACUGCAAAGAUCUAUUGAAGGAGGCCUGUGAAUCAAUGUUGCGUUCCAGUUACCUCGGAAGUCGGAUGUCAGAGCUGGGAAUGAUGCUACACCUGAGUUGACGGCGUUCCAGUUAACAAGUUGGAAAACCAAGAUGAAUACCUACAGUUACCCAUUGUUAGCAGUUGUUUACAAUUGUCAGCUGUCGUUGGCCGUUGUCAGCUGUUGUUAGCAAUACCAGUUGUAAACAUCGCACAACACAGUAUUUUACUCUACAAGCACCAUAGCACUGUGUUCACAGUUAGACGUUGGGCAGCACAACAUACACCACAUAUUUAAUCACAAAAACAAAACAAAAGUGCUAAUAAAUAAUACAUUACGAGAGCUUUUACUGUUCCUCUUUACUGUCGAUGCACUGUGCUGCCGACUUGAAUCAUGACGUUGUCGUCAAGUUGGGGUUGGCGAGGAUUGUCCGACUUUCCGAUGUGGAAAUUCGACUUCAGAUCAGUCCAGGGGCAGUCCAGAUGAAUUUCCGACUUGACGCUCGGAAAUUCCGACUUCCGAGUACAACUGGAAUGUAGCACAAAGCUCCUGUGAGGUUAUCAAAAGUAGAUGGGUAGUUUCUUGCCAUUAAAAAAGCAACAUCAACAUUUAAGUCCAUGUGGCUCAUGAUGGAGUCUGCUUUCAAACCAAAUGGACACUUAAGACAAAAACUGACUAGAGUUUGAAAAGUUCACAAUGCUGUGCUUUAUUUUGCCAUUUCAGGUUUAGUGAUCUACUUCGGCUACGGCAUUCAUCACAGUGCUGAGGGCACCACGGCCCGCUCAUCUCCAGAAACUGAGCUAGGCGAGGACCAUGAAGCAGAGACCACGUCACAAGAAAAAGAAGCCUUUCUGAACUAUGGAAUCGAAACCAGAGAAGAGGACGAUGGAGAGUUGUAGGAAGCUGGAGAACUCGCUGCUUACAUUCUGUCUGUGUGAGACUGUUUUUUUUUUACAAGACAACUCCAUGUCCCUCACUGGCUGCACAUCCUUCUGAAGGAAGUGUUGAUGAAAAACCUCGACCGAAAAUAUCCAGAAACUGGUGACUUCCCCCUUUGUGCCGAGUAGAACAACAGGAUUUUCUGAAGCUGUAAUUGACAACUAACUUCAGUAUUUUGUAAUCGGUUUGUGACCCCUUUUUUGCUUGGCCUUGAGCUUCAGCUGCUUGUUAUCCAGUGCUGGCUUACUGUGGGGGGAGGGCCCAUGUUGAACACACGAUUCAUGCCUGUGUUUCAGGGAGGUCCCGGGAGAUAACAAUAUUGGUUUCUCUUCAUGAACGGAUUCCGUUACUUCUCUGGAGAGUGUCUGGGUUACACUGAUGGCAGUGGGACUGCGCAAAGAUGAUAACAGCUUUUGUCUGGAUGCCAAAUGGUUCAACAGUAAUACACACUACUUUCUGCUGCAACAUGUUCAUAAUAAUAACGUUAUUCACAAAGUCAGAUAAAGAGCAAGAAUUUGAAAUGGAUCAGUACAUUCAUACCAAACUUUUGUCACACACUUGGAAUGUCGAUAAUAUAAUUUCCUUUGUUGACAAGCAGAAAAGGUUGGAAGUGGGCAAACAGGAAGCUGUAGCUUACAUUCAGUCCAACACUAAGUCCAAAGAACUGUAUCAACUCUAUCUUAAGUCCAAGGCUGUACUGAAUAAGUAAAGCGUGGCGUUAUUCUGUGUUAUGGUGAUAACAAGGGAGAGUGUUGGUAUUUAUCAGCCGUGGGUUUGGCUGCAAAUUAUACUGCACUAAAAUUACGACUAUUACAGUGAAACAACAUCUCAUGUUGGUCUUUGAGAUUCUGAUCCCAAAGAUUUGAGAAUAUCAUAAGAUGAGAACCACCAAAUCUAAUACAGAGAUACCCAUUGUCCUUCUGGUUCACACUCAUUUAUUUUUAGUUUUUUUCAAAUUGCGCUCUCUCACUUGGGGCAUUUGAUGCUCUUGGUGGAUACAUGAAAUCAGAAAUAUGGAUCUGAGUAUGAAUUGAGGACACUGAGAACUGUGAAUGGCAGUCAGUGUCACCUUAGAUGAUAGUUGAGUUUUUCACAGUGCUGGCUGCUGUGUGUCUUUUACAUCUGUGGCUUGUAACAAAAUAUAUUUUUUUUCCAAAAAGUACUACUAUUUAAUUUAGAUGAGUGCUUUUGUUCUAAACGCUGAUCAAACCCUUUGUAUUAAUAGUGCUUUUUUUAUCACCCUUGUCCUUAUGAAUUGUAAGUUUUAUGCUUCCCAGAUUAUAAAUCUGAAUCAAUACAUUAUUGAUGAGACAUUAGUCUACAAACAACUAUGUAGAGCUUAACCAAAUAUAAUUAUAUGUUAUUGACUUAUAUCAAAAUAAGCUAAAUUUGUCUCCUGACUUUAUAAACCUCUAAAUACCCCAAAGAGAUGCAGCUCUGUGACUCACAAUGCUGACUCAGGAUGGACAGCAACAGCAAACAUGGAAAUUUCUUCGCUUGUUGUUGAAGCGUAGUAGCUUCGUCGCCAACAAUACAACUUAACUUGAAUUUUUUAUCCUGCCAGAUGCAGAGGCUGAAAUAGUGCACAUCACAUACUGCAGGUCUGUCAGCCUCACUCAUUUACAUUUACACUCAUCUACAGGUAGAAACAUGUAAAGUCAAGUUUGUGUAUAUAAAGUAUUGUUUAUAUUUCUCAGUAAAUUAUUUGUAAAUUGUAGAAAAAGGCUUUUACUGAGUUGGCUUGUUCAUGUCUGAUAUGUGCCAUUAUUGUGUUUACAUAUUCCGUUAAUGCUCAGGGUUGGCAAAAUUGCUGCCUUCACCUUUAACUUUCUUGUCUAUGCCUUAGCAACAAAACGUCAGUCUGUAAAGCUUGAGAUCUGUUCUCAUCACUGUGGUACAAUCCUGAUUCCUGGGGUGAUGUUAGGUCACCAUGAUGCUGCUUUUGAAAGAAAAAGUCAAAAGGGAGAUCUAGUGUGUUAAUCGAACAUACAUGUCUUCAAUGUUCCACGUAGUAAACCUCUAGUAACCCCACCAAAUCCUAACCCUGGAAUCAUGAUGUUUGCUUAUGAAAUAGAUAUCAUGUCAACACACACUAUAAAUACAAUUACACAGAAAACAUGUGUCCGUCUGUUUCGUUGAGGAUGUUUCAAAACCUUAGCUUUACCUCAGUGAAGUAUGUAUUGAGUACUUGUUGAGAUCAUUUCAUCCCUUUGUCAGACUUUUGUUCUUUUAUCUUUCCUGGUUGUGUGUCUGGUCCAUUGUGUUUAAAAUGUGAAAAUGUGAAAUGUCAGAAAUUAAAGCUCCUCUGGCAGUCACUCUAUCUUCUAGGUUACUAAUCUCUUUUAAUUCACCCCCAUUCAACACUUUCUCAGUCAGGACAAGGAUAAUUCCCUUGGACUGCACAAAACUGCAAUUAAAAUAUUUUUAGGUAUAUGUGCAACAAGGUAUAGGGUGCCAGAGUCUGCACUUGCAAUGGUAAUAAUAAGAAUAGUAAGACUGUCAAUUAAAAUCAAGGUCAAGUUAGUUUCUGUAAGUCUAUAGACUCCAUUACGCCUACUGUAUCUUAAACAAGGUCCAAGACACAGUAAGCGUGAACAAAAGGAGGCUGUCUUUGUGUCUCUGUAUUGUGAUCCUUUUCUUUUUGUUGGUUCUAUGUAUAUAGGCUAUUGUCUGAAAACACUCAAAGCGUUGGAAGAAGACUGGGUUCCCCGUUAAAUGCUCUGCUCCUAUCUGGUGCUUUCCUAGCGCUACAGACAGUUUUUUUUCGCUCCUUUUGUAAAAAUAUCAUUGAAAAAUAAUUGGUUGAAUUUGAACGUUUGUCACUUUGGCGCCAUCUGCUGGUAAUAUCAAUAAUGAUCCAAAUGAUGGUGGAUAUUUAGAAACAAAUCACAGGCCUGGUAAAAUAUAUAUGGUGAAAAACAAAUGAAAAUGAAUCAAAACUAAAUUUGGUGAAAUGUGGAGACAUACGCUGAAAUGUAGGUAAAACGUUUGCAGUUCAUACCAACUUCAUCCCUGUUUCUCUUCUUUGUUCAUAUGGGUUGCCGUCGGUACAUGUAUCAUGCUUCACUCUUGUAAAUAAAACGAGUUUUUCAAAAUCGU